GCAAAAAACACCUAGAAGCGCCACACACUGAUCACCUUCCUCGCCGGACGUUUAAUUAAGCUCCGGUGAUCUCCAAAUCCCGUCCUUAUUUCUUUCUAAAUCUCAUAUUAGCACCGCCUACCUUUCUUUCAUGGAGGUUUGGUGCGUAAAAUAACUCGUGUGUAUUAUUAGGACCUAAACCCGUCUAAAUUAUUAUUAAUCUCCCUCCACAUAAUAUCCAACUCCGGCGCGGAGGAAUUUGGGAAGCGGAGAGCUGGAAAACAUCGGUGGUGGUGUGAUGGGAUUUUGUAUAUGCCCCUUGGAGACUCCGGCGAGGUUGCUGUGGAGCACCAGUUUCUUCCGUCACAAGAUUAUGAUCUUCUAAUUAAUUCCACACCCACACACCCCCUCAAUUACAAGCAGAGCCCAUACUAAUAAUAUUCUCAGGCCACCCACCUGAUAAUUAGUACUGAUCAUCACUAUUUAAGCAAGAAUCGACGGCGGAGAUCUAGCGCGACCCCCUUAGCCUACCCGCGCUCAGAACUCACCAGAACAGAGCAUCAUCAGUGGCCGACGAUGGAGCCGUGCCGUUUUUUCUUUGACCCUUCGACGACAUCGUCCGCUUGCCAGCAAGGUGGUGGCAACAUGCUGUUCCUCGGGAAUGCUGAUCACGUUUUUCGAGGGCCGAGAUCGGUUAUGGGAUUGAUGGAUCAAGAAAGCUCGAGGAGGCGAAGUUUUUUCAGCUCAUCGUCAUCGCAAGACGAACUAUUCGACGAAGAAUAUUACGACGAGCAGUUGCCGGAAAAGAAGCGCCGCCUCACUCCUGACCAGGUGCAUAUGCUGGAGAAGAGCUUUGAGACAGAGAACAAGCUGGAGCCAGAGCGGAAGACGCAGCUGGCCAAGAAGCUGGGGCUGCAGCCAAGGCAGGUGGCUGUGUGGUUCCAGAACCGCAGGGCUCGCUGGAAGACAAAGCAGCUCGAGCGCGAUUAUGAUCUUCUCAAAUCUUCUUACGACUCCCUUUUGUCUAAUUAUGAUUCUAUCCUUAAGGAGAAUCACAAGCUCAAAUCCGAGGUGGUUUCCAUAAACCAGAAACUUGAAGCUAAAGAGGAGACCAGCAAUAUCAAAGCAGCAGCAUUUGCACCUGAUCAUGCUGACGACGACAAGUGCGACCCUCUUGUUCCUGCUGGUGAUGAGAUGAGGGAUGCUGUUCCAAUAAGCUAUGCCGCUGGUCUGCAAUAUAGCUGCAGCGUCAAAGUUGAGGACCGUCUGAGUUCCGGGAGCGGAGGAAGCGCCGUGGUGGACGAGGUCGAAGGUCCUCAGCUUGUGGACAGCGGCGACUCCUACAAUUUUCUCAACGAGGACAACGUCCACAAUAAUUACCCUCAUCAUCAUCAUCACCAUCAUAGUGGGAUCAACUCAGAAGAAGAUGACGGCAGUGACGACGGGCGGGGUUACUUCUCCGAUGUGUUUGCGGCUGCCGUGGAGGAGCAGGUACAGCAGGCGGAGGGUGUGUCUAUGGGCUGGUGGGUGUGGUCCUAAUAAUUUCCUUAAAAUUAAAAGUGUCCUAUGUAUGUAUGGGGUGUUUCUAUAUGUUGAGCUCAUUGUUCUUCACAGUUUACGAAUACAAAUGUGUAAUAUUAGCGUACGAGGCAGGCAGCUUACUUGUGCCUCAGAUACUCGAUAUUAAUCUGUGCGCCAAAAAUAAAUGCUAGUGUUUUCGUCAAUGGCGUAUUGGCUUCCCACUUGUCCUAUAUUCUAACCGUUGCCUGUCCUAUAUUCAAUGCGGAAUUUCCAACAACAUUUUUGAAUACGUUGAAAAAGAACAAACACAUCGAAUAGCUUCUCAUGCACUCAGAGAGAUGCUGAGAACGGCGUGCUGGAGGCUGAAAGAGAAGGAACGUCAUGCUUUGCUCUACUGGGGUCGCGUCAGCUCAGAGACACCCAGAGACUCGUAAUAACUUGCAAGAUCAUCUGCUGGCACGAGAAAAUCUCUGCUGGCUCAGGCGGACUCGGCUCUAAUGGCUGAAUGCUUAGCGUGUCUAGAAGGGUGCAGAUUUGCUUCGGAUCGGGGCGAUCAACGGGUGUCUUUCGAGUCGGAUUGCCUUGAAGCCGUUAAAAGUAUCAAUGGUGACACCUCUAGGGGGAAGUGGGAGAUUUACCCAAUCCUUAGUAACAUAAGAUAUUUUCUCGUGGCAUUCAGGUCUUGUAGCUGGACUUGGAUUCGUAGAACCGCAAAUGAGGCUGCAGAUCACUUGGCAGAGCUUGCUAAGUUGAGGAUGUGCAAUGAAGUUUGGGCUGAUAGGCCUCCAUCCUCUCUCACGUUCAUCUUGAAUAAGGAUGGCCUUCCAUGUCCUCCAACAAAUGUUUAGUCUGAUUCUGUCUAGGAGGCCUAUGGACGCGGUGAUACUAGCGCUGCUGUGUCUUUCUUCUUCCCCUCCUAGCCUAUCCAUUGUAUUGCACUUUGGUUUUGUUGUCCCCUUCGUGGUUUGGACUUCCUUGUUGGCUGCUUUGUUUUUUCCUGGGUUUGGCUUUUUGGCUGCUCCCCCAUGGAAUGAAAGCACUGUUUCUGACC